AUGGCAGAAAAUGGUGUGAAUGAAAUUAAAAGUGACGCCAUUUUUGAAGAAGAAAAUGAGAGCAUAGAACACUUAGAACGGGGUGAAGGUGGAGAAGAAGAUAAUGAAGAAGGGGAUAUAUCAGUAUCGAUGGGGACGAAAUGGAUGAUAAUAUGUUUCUUCCUUCUCGUCAUGUUGGCAUACCUGUUCGCCGGAGCGCUGGUCUUCCGCGCCCUCGAGCGUCCCGCAGCAUUGAAGGCUUCGAAGAACUUCCAUGGAGCUCUCCGACGGCUUUCAUCCGAAAGCGAUUGCAUCGAGGAUGGGGACGUUGCCGAUUUGAUGAUGAUCGUAACACGAGCCAUAGGUGAAGGAGGCUACUCGACUGGUCAACCUUACGCCUUUCGUCUGAGCGAGGGAACGAUCAAUGACACCUACUACACACAUCCGUGGAGAAUGUCACAAACCUUCUUUGUAAUCACAGUUGUGACUACGAUAGGAUUUGGCUAUGCGUCCCAGCGCACAGGAAUCGGUGAUAUCUUCUGCGUGUUCUACGCCUUGGCAGGCAUUCUACUCACUGGAAGCAUCCUGCUCCUUGUCGGUCAAAUGCUCCAGGAUCUAUGCCUCACAAGGUUCACAACCAGCCGGCAGAAAUGCCUCAGGUGUUGUACGAAGGUCGGAGCUGGCUUUGCUAACUUAACUUUGGCCUAUCUUUUAGUCCUCCUCAUGUUGGUGCCACCCAGCAUCAUCUACUUCUACACACAAGAAGACUGGGACUUUGUCGAUAGUCUUUAUUACGUAGUGCAGGCUACGACCACCGCCCACUGCCAAUCUUAUAAUUUUUUUCUUGAAAAAUAA